GGGCGGAGCGGGUCCGAAUCAGGGCCCUAAAGGUUCAGCGGGGCAGGAUUCAUGGAUGGCCCGUCCAGGUUCUGCGGAGACUUUCUCUGGUGAGCCUGCUGUCCUGCUGCUGAACUAACCACCCGCUUGGAGCUUACGCACAUCUGCAAGCUUCUCCCAAGUAGAAAGGAAAAGGCCAGAAGGAUGUCUGACGAGAGGCUUUUGAGCAUGGAUGAGGGAGCCCUCCGGAAACUGCUGGAGGCCACGCUGGACCUGGCAGAACGGCGGCAGAUUCGCUCCGCCAUUCGGGAGCUACGGCGGCAGGAGCUGGAGCGCGACGAAGAGGCGCUGGCGUCCAAGCGCUUCCGGACAGAGCGGCAGGAGAACAAGGAGAACUGGCUGAGGUCCCGGCAGCAGGAGGAGGAGCAGCAGCGGCAAAAAUCUCUGGAUGUUCUCUCUGGGAAACUGGAGGCCAUCCAAGAUGUGGAGGAGCUGACAACUUUGCUGCGAGGAGCCAGUGAAUAUGAGGAGCGCAAACUGAUCCGUGGUGCUAUCCGCAAACUGCGUGCUGAAGAAAUUGAAGCUGCGGCCUUAGCUGGGAAGGUUUUCUAUAACCGGAAGGAGAAGAAAGAGACGCUGGAAUCCAAGGAGCGGGAGGGAAACUCUGCAGAUGGAGGCAUCUCUGAGGUGCAGGAGUUAGCAGAGCGGGAGCUGAUCAAGGCCCAGAUACGAGAGCUGAGGAACGAGCAGCACAGAGAAGCGAAGCCAAUGGACGUUCCCGACAUCUCCUCAGGGACCCUUCUGCUCCUGGACCCAAGCUGUCAUCAGGAACCCCAGGACAGUUUCCGUUUUCACAGUCAGGUUGUUCUCCGGGCCCCAGAGAAGGAAGCAAGUGCAGCCCACAAAGUGGUGGAUGCUCCGUCACAUGACGUCCCCGACCUCCACUGCAGCACCGCACCGACUACCCCGCAGCUGAUUACCGUCACAGAUCCACGACGGGAGCAGCCCUUCCAGAGGUCUGGCUCUGUGUGGGAACGUGCUCGCAAGUUCAGCUCAGAGCCCCCCAGUAAAACUGUGUCUUCUCCAGCCCCCCAGAAGGGGGAGAGUGCCAGCAGGGGCUCUCGUGUCCUGCAGCAGCAGCAGCAGAUCCUGCACCCGCAGCGUGUGACAGACUUACCUGCGGGAGUCCGUAGUGGCGGCGCUGGCAGCACUCUCCAGGAUGGCACCAGGCGAACGAGGGAGUCCAGUACUGGCACAGAGCAGGCAGCAAAGCCCGCCUCCUCUCAAGCAAAAGCUGGGACAGUCCGGCCUUCAGCUCAGGGUCCAGCCAGCCCUAAAGAGGUGGAUGGUCCCAAGGGGCGGAGCUACAGCAACCAAUGGCAGGGCAGCAAGCUGACACCUGCCCGGCAGCCUGUUGAAAAUGCCAAGGGGAGGUCUGCCGGCUCAGAGGAGCCCCGUGCCCAGCUGAGCACCUCCUCCGGCAACCCCCUGCCUUCCCAAGCGCACAACCCCAGCUCCGACGACGCUAUGAAAACCCUUCUCACCAUUGAGAUCAAGGACGGCCGCAACCAGCCCAUCCAGGGCCACGUUGUAGGGACGCCGGGUAACCAGCGGGCAGAGAUAACUGUGGGGUUGAGAAGCACCCCCAUCCGCAUCACUGGCACCAGCAACGUCAGUAGCGCCAGCCAUGCCAUCAGCCAUCAGAAGCAAACCCCGCUUCCCCCUCCCCCCUGCCCCUGUGGCUUCAUUGUCAUGCCUGGGGUAGCUGUCCUCAAACUGGACCACAUGCAGGAGUUAGCGCUGGAGGAGCCCUUGCAACAGGCGCUGCAGAAGAUCCGUCAGGAGCUGCACACCUGGCGCCAGGCUGUCGAGCAGCGCGUGGAGGAGGCCCUCUGCCUGGUGCGCCCUCUGGCCGCCGCUCUCAGCGACCUCCGGGAAGAAACCGCCGCCCUGUGGGCCGAGCAGGCAAAGCUGAGCCAAAAUGUGGAGCUGCUCGGCCUCUGCCUGGGUGAGGAGAAGGACCCCAGCACCCUGCUGCUGGAGUCGGAGGAUCCGUGCGCUCACUUCGUGGGCACUGAGGAGCCUGGGCAACCGGUGCCCCAUCCGCCCACUUUCUCUAGCACCCGGAGGCAUUCGGAGGUGCACCUCUCCCGGAGUGGCAGCUUUAUGGAUGCCGAGCUGCCGGAGCAGCCCCAGGCAGCAGAGCCAGAGUUGGCCAACGGGACGGUGAAGGAGAAGAUCCAAUCCCAGGGGGUUCAGCAGCGAGGCCGACUGAGCGCUGAAGAGCUGAGCAAAAUUGAGGAGGAGGAUGUGCUGGAUAAGAUGCUUGACCAGACCACAGACUUUGAAGAGCGGCGGUUAAUCCGAGCAGCCAUGCGGGAACUGCGCCAGCGGAAGCGAGAGCAGCGAGAGAAGGAGCGGGACCAGAGGCUGCAGGAACCCAAGACCAAGGGGGCCAGUCACAGCACAGAGACCACCACUCGGCAGAGCGCCACGUCGGCCAACGGCUCAGCCGUCAGCACGGUCACCAAGACCCAGCGCCUCAUUCAGUCCAAUGAUGGCAGCAAAAGUUCCCGCAUGACGACGAUGGAGUCAAGCUUCACGAAGAGAUCCGAAAGUGGCAACACCUUCGUCCAGACCAAGUCAUCCUUCAGCUCAUCAUCCUCCAAGAAAGUGGGCAGCAUCUUUGAGCGGGAGGACGAGAGCCCCAGCCGUGCAAGCAGCUUGGCUGCUCUGGAGCGGCGCCAGGCUGAGAAGAAGAAGGAGCUGAUGAAGGCUCAGAGCUUGCCCAAGACUUCGGCUUCACAGGCACGCAAGGCCAUGAUUGAGAAGCUGGAGAAGGAGAGCGGGAGCCCGGCCAACCCAGCGGUCUCCCGGGUGGCUGUCCAGCGCUCCGCUAGCUUUGGGGUCCCCAAUGCCAGCAGCAUCAAGCAAAUGCUUCUGGACUGGUGCCGCGCCAAGACCCGGGGCUAUGAGCAUGUUGACAUCCAGAACUUCUCCUCGAGCUGGAGUGACGGCAUGGCCUUCUGUGCACUUGUCCAUAAUUUUUUCCCCGAGGCCUUUGACUACGCACAGCUCUCGCCGCAGGACCGACGGCACAACUUUGAGAUGGCCUUCUCAUCGGCAGAGAUGCUUGUGGACUGUAUGCCCUUGGUGGACGUAGAAGACAUGAUGAUCAUGGGGAAGCGUCCAGAUGCAAAAUGCGUGUUCACAUACGUGCAGUCCCUCUACAACCACCUGCGGCGCCAUGAGCUCCGGAUGCGGCAGCAACACUUCUAGCCCCCCCUCCUACCCACUUCACCCAUCACACACUCCUCCUCCUCCUCCUGGGAGCCACUGGGGGGGGGGGUCUGCGGGGAACAGAGGAAGGCUUGACCCGCCCUGAUGUGUUCCUGCAGUCGGCUCCCCCCACACACACACGUACACUCGUGUCUUCAGAGUGGUGGGGCCCAGCAGCAGCAGCAGCCUUCCCGCCCCCUCAGGAGUGGGAUGGGCAGUUUGCCAUUCAAGCUAACUCAAGGGGGCCGGCCCGGGCCUGCGCUGUUCUGAGGAGAAUACAAAGGGCUCGACCUCCCCUCGUUCACACGUGCUUUUUAUAUUAUUGUUGUUAUUUACUGUAAAUUAUUCCUUUUUAAAAGUCUCUUUGUUGUCGCCUGCACGAUGCCCCCUCCCCCUCGGCAUGGCAGAGCUGCUCGACCAUGAGAGAACGAACCGUGUGAAACCGGACAGCGUUGUGGGCUCUCCUGACUCCCAGGAGUCCAGUGUGGCUGUUUUGCCCCCAGCGGCCUGUGCGGUGCUUAAUCUGGAGAAAGACAUUGUGGCCCAAGGCCUAUUCCCCCACCACCACCCCAGGCAGGGUUCUUUGGCUGCGAAGACCUUGGCAAGGGAAAGGAAGGCGAGCUCUA